ACAAAAAAUAAGCAGCCCAAACAACGGCACGCCGACUCCGAGUUCGAGUCCCUCCCCUGAGUCCAAGGGAUGGCUCCGUCUCUCCUCAUUCCAGCUUUUUGUAAAAUACUUGAUCGAAAUUUGGGGGAAGGGGGAAGAAAGAGGAAGAAAUGGCUGGCGGUGGAAGUAGCAGGAGAUGGUGGCAAGUAGCGGUGCUUGUGGCGGUUGUGGGGAUUGUGAGAGAGCUGAGUAAGUGGUACGGUUGGGACAAAGACGAGGCGAUGAAGGUGUUGCGCGAUUGGUCGGAUCGAUUAGGGGUGUGGGCCAUCCCCGCUUACGUUGGGCUCCACACCCUUACCCUGGCGCUCUGCUUGCCCUACGCCGUCUUCUUCGAGGCCGCUGCCUCUCUUAUCUUCGGGUUCUUCCCAGCUGUUCUCUGCGUCUUCUGCGCAAAGGUGCUGGGCGCUUCUCUCUCAUUCGGGAUCGGCAGAUUAGUGUUCAGGAGUUCAAGUUCAGCAAUGGAGUGGGCCCAGAGAAACAAAUACUUCCAUAUCCUUUCCAGAGGAGUUGAGCGUGAUGGUUGGAAAUUUGUCCUGCUUGCUCGCUUCUCACCCAUACCCUCCUAUGUCAUAAAUUAUGCCCUAGCUGCUACUAAAGUUGGGUUUGUUUUGGAUUUUCUACUGCCGACAGUUAUCGGAUGCCUGCCAAUGAUCUUGCAGAACACAUCCAUUGGCAGCCUUGCUGGUGCUGCUGUUGCUUCAUCAUCUGGUUCACAGAAAUCUCAGGUUUGGUCGUACCUUUUCCCUGCACUUGGGAUUCUAUCAAGCUUUGUCAUUUCCUUGAGAAUCAAAAAGUACUCUACAGAUAUCUCAUUGGCCGAAGUCUCCACCAAUGAGCAUGUUCAUGACCGUAAAAACGAUGCUGACUCGUCUCAAACCUUGUCUAAUACACAAGGAACCUAGGAAGCAAGUACCUGUAAAAGAAUCGAAAACAAUUUUGUUAAACCUGAGUAAUUCAAUUAUCUUUCUUUUGUUCCAUCAA